AUGCGCUUCACCACGCUCGCCAUUGCCUUCUUUGCCUGCGCCCUCGUGGUGUCUGGCAGCGUGAUCCGUGAAAAGAGACAGUGUGGAUGUGCUCAGCCACAGCAGAGCCAGUGCUCGUGCCAACAAGUUCAACAGACUCAGUCUUGCUCUUGCCAAUCUGCUCCAGUCCAACAACAAGCUCCAUCCUGCUCUUGCGCUCAACCACAACAAACCCAAACUGUUCAGGUCCAAGCUACUCAAUGCGCCCCAGCCUGUCAACAGAGCUGCCAACAACAGUGCCAAUCUGCCCCAUCGGUGUCUCAGUGCCAGCCACAAUGUCAGCAACAGUGUCAAUCCCAAUGUACUCCAAUGUACAAUCCACCAACUACCACCACCACGACCACCCAAGCACCAGUUGUCCAAUACCAACAAUGUCAACCAAUGUGCCAACAACAGUGCCAAUCUACCUGUGUUCAACAACAACAACCAGCUGCUCAGUGUCAACCACAAUGCCAACAGCAAUGCAACGUCGCCUGUGACGCCCCAUCCACCACCACCCAGGCUCCACAAGUUAUCCAAAUCCAACUUGAAAUCCAACAAGCUCAAGCUCAAUGCCAGCCACAGUGCCAGCAACAAUGCCAAUCAUCAUGCGUUCAACAACAACAGCCAGCUAACCAGUGCGAUUCUGCAUGCAACACCCAAUGCUCGGAUAUCUGCCAACAAACCGCCCAGGCUACCCAACAAGUCUACAACAACAACCAAAACACCAACACCCAAAUGUACAACCCAUACAACACCAACACCAACCAGAACGCCAACUGCGCUCCAGCUUGCCAACCAGCCUGCGACAACUCCUGCACUUCUCAACAAGCUCAACCAGUGUACCAACAAGCUCAACCAGUGUACCAACAAGCUCAACCAACAUACCAAGUUCAAUCCACCGCUGCUCCAAUGUACGAUCCAUACAACAACAACAACCAAGGAUCGUCCAACUGCGCUCCAGCUUGCCAACCAGCUUGUGACAACUCUUGCACUUCCCAACAGGCUCAACCAAUGUACCAACCAUACGACACCACCACUGAAGCCCCAGCUCAAGUCAUCCAAAUUGUUCUCCAGACCUCUGUUGCCCAAUCUGCUCAAUGUGCACCACAAUGUGAACAGUCCUGCCAGCAGCAAUGUGUCCAACAACAACAGCCAGCUGCCCAAUGUCAGACUGCCUGCCAGUCUUCAUGCUCCAACUCCUGCCAAGCUGCUCAACCAGCCACCCAGGCCUGCCAACAGUCUCCACAGAACAACUCAUGCUCCUGCCAAGCUAACUACUCUCCAUGUGGAAAUGGACAGUGCUGCCGCAGAAAGUAA